UCUUUUGCAGUAUGGCCGGCAAAACAUCGAACAUGUAAAGAAGCGCAACGGCAACUGGACAGUAAAAGGCGAAGACAGCGAAGACGAUGCCAGCACCAACCGUAUAGGAGUAGCGACAAGUUCUCAGAUUAAUGUAGCUGGUGAGAAGAAACUACAGAAUGGCUUAAUUGGCAAUUCCAAUCUAAUUGCCCGCUCCAAGGACUUGAUUCUUAUACCUCAACCUGAAAUGCAGAACCACACGUUCGACAAUCUUAAAGCCGAUGACCGGGCUAGCAUAGCCACAAAACCUGAUGGUUUUCUCAGCGUCAAAGAGACUGACAUAUCCAGAAAAAAAUCAUUUGAAACGUUAAAAAGAGAAUUCGAGCCUGCGAUAUGCUUGGAUUACAUUCGAGCUGGGAUAGAAGCAAUAAUUGAGGAUGACGUGACUUCUAGAUUUGAAGCUGAGGAACUUAAGAACUGGAACCUUCUAACGCGGACAAACAGACGGUACGAGUUCAUUUCAUGGAAGUUAACGGUCAUUUGGAUGUGUGGCUUCUUCACAAGAUAUUGUUUUCUUCUUCCGUUGCGGAUUCUUAUUUGCUUCAUUGGUGUAAUGUGGCUGACUUUUUGCACGGCCAUAGUUGGUUACGUGCCCGAGGGCGCGUUCAAGCGCUGGCUAAAUCAACGUGUCCUGAUAAUGUGCUUCGCCUUGCUGUCCAGUGCACUGUCGAGCGUCAUUAUUUAUCACAACUCCGAGAACAGGCCGAAGAGUGGCAUCUGUGUGGCCAAUCACACCUCGCCUAUCGACGUUCUUGUCCUUAUGUGUGACAAUUGCUAUUCACUGAUUGGGCAGAGACAUGGCGGCUUCUUGGGUAUUUUGCAAAGGGCCCUCGCUCGGGCGUCUCCGCAUAUUUGGUUCGAGCGCUCAGAAGUGAAAGACCGAGAAGCAGUAACAAAAAGGUGAUAUUUUACUUCAUUUAAUAUUCCCCGUACAUAAGUAAAGCUACAGCACA